AUGCAAGUUGGGCGUGCCGUGGCCAAGGUCCUGAGCGUCAAUGAGCUUCCCGAAGAUGAAAAUGUUAGGAGCCUUACUCUGUCGACGUUCCUCAAUAAGGGCGUCAUCACAGACGCUGACUGGACGAUUACCCACGAGGAUACCAAGAAGCGAUACGAGGACGGCCUGGCGCAGGUGAAAGUGGGCAACAUGGCUGGUGUUGCCAAGUUGCUGGCGCAGACUGAGCAGCUUGACUUGCCAGAUGAGAGUUUUGACGAGUCUACCAAGGCUGGUGUAGAAUUUGGUCAAGGUGCUGCAGCUUCGUGGUGA